AUGGUCACAGCUGAGGCUCCCAAGCCCCCUUCAGUUCUCGCUCCACCGGUCCCCCGGGAUCCCCCAGCAGCUGCAGGAAAAGGACCUCAUGGCCAGAAGAUCUCAGGGUCCCCCCAAAAACCACCACAGAGUCCGAAGUCAUUUGCAAAAGAAAAGAGCCUUUAUUCAAACUUAAGUCUGGACCCUCCAUGUGCCCGACACAACAGUACCAUUGGAGAGCACCAGGCCCAGUCAGGAGGAUCUGCUCUGUUCUCAGAAACCACACAGAAGCUUGCAACCAUCUGUAACUCCAGUUCCAAAGCAUCUAUUCCGGUUUCUGACCCUUGUGGGCACUGCAGACAUGUGGCAGCCUGGGUUCCCCACAACCUCGUCUUCCCACAGACACAGAGCUCUGAGUCCCAGAAUGGAGGAGCCAGUGCAAUCCCCGUAGCUCUGGCUACUGCUGCCAGCUCUACAGGGCUGCAGAACUCCACCCGGGACUCUGAUCCUGCAGCCCUCAACACCUUGGUCUCUGCGUUCUAUGGACUCCUGAUCAUCAAGAUCCUGAUGCUGAUAGCUUUGCUCCCCAGGUGCAUAGUGGGACUGGGGGCAAAUGGAGCAGAGAACACGUUCUGUCUUGGUGGCUCAGAACAGGAACCUACCAGAGAACAGAGAGUGGAACGACCUUCCCUGACCUCAUUUUCAUGUUGGUGCGAGCACACCCGGAGCCCUCACGGCACAUUCCGGAGGAAGAAGCUCGCGACACACUCACACACGCACACUCUCGGUCACGGUGCACACCCGAAACUCGGGCUCCUGGACCCUCCCCGGGCCUCGAGUUCUCUCCAGCUCUAG